AUGACACUUCCAAUAAGUCUAGAUGACACAUUUAUACCUAAUAAGACGCAAACAUCUUUCAAUGAAAACAUAGACUACAUGUCAAAUGGCCUUGCUUUAAAUAAUCUUCAUUUGUAUCAGUGCUGGAAACAAAACAACUCUGUUUCCAUAAAAUCAAGCAAUGACGAUAUCAGUUUCAUAAUACCGUCGACCGUUUCUAAACGUUUGGAGAACGUGUGUUGGAGAAGAUGGUUUAAAAAUCUUUGUAACUUGAGCGAAAUAUCGCCAGCACAUAUCAACUGGUGCAAGGACCAGGACAUUACAUGGCUAUAUGGCCCAAAGUAUGAAGGAAGUGAGGAUUUUGAGAUUGAAACCAAUAAAGAAAGAAGUGAAGUGGUUUCUAAGAGAGAAGGUAUAAGCAUUCCUAAACUGAGCUGUUCGUCAGGAAAUGAGGAUAUAGAAAAUUUUACCUUGAGUUCUUCUAUUGAUUCAGGGAGAUCCUCAAUAACUUACGAAGUUUCGACUAGUAGCUCUACUGGAACAGUAGAGAAUUUUUUAUUCCAUUCAGGAGUCAGAUCUGCAUUAAAAAAAUCUUCUUCUAUGAAAAAGAACAAGUCAGUUAAAUUUAACUAUAUAAUAAACUCCAGAGAAAUAAUUAACAGCAUGCACUUCGAUUAUCACUUUUUAGACGGUGACUGUCUUUAA